AUGGCUGAAGGGUUGAUUAAGAAUUAUCUUGGACUAACUAUACUGCCUUGAUUUGUCAAGAUCAAUGUAAAGUUUAAGGAAAAUAAUGACACAAAGGGAGAAGAAGCGUGUUCGUGUCUACACAGGGGUAACAAAAGAGAUCUUCGAGUCAGAUAUAGCUUCUAAGCGUAAGCCAGCGCUUCUACGAGGACUCGAUAUUGGCAGUGCUUGUGGAAAGUGGUCACCGGAAUAUCUUGCUCAGCAUGGCGGUGAAAAGACAGUGAAGGUUCACGUCUGUCCUACUGGGAAGAUGGACUUUAUUCACAAAAACUUUGCAUACAAAACUCUUCCAUUUAACAAGUUCGUCAUGCGGACUUGUGAAACUGUUCAUAAAGAAUAUUUUAUUUGCCCAGAGGAGAAAUAUUAUCUAAGAUCUCUUGGAGAUGAUCCUAGAAAGGAUAUCUCUGACAUCACAAUUCAGUUCCCUAGCUUAGCUCAAGAUAUAAAAAUCCCAAAGUUGUACCCAGAGGACAGAUUCUUUUCAAGUGUGUUCAGAAUCAGUUCAGCACAAGGGCAGUUGUGGACACAUUAUGAUAUUAUGGACAACCUACUUAUUCAAGUGACAGGAAGGAAGCGCGUUGUCCUCUACAGUCCAAAAGAUGCAACAAACCUGUAUUUAAAUGGUGAUAAAUCAGAAGUCUUAGAUAUUGACCGGCCAGACUUAACAAAGUAUCCAAAAUUUGCAGAAGCAACGCCCUUUGAGUGCUUCUUAGAACCUGGUGAUGUUUUGUUUAUUCCUGCUAUGUGGUUCCACAAUGUGAUUUCUCUACAGUUUGGAGUAGCAGUUAAUGUAUUUUGGCGUCAUUUAGAUAUGGGCUUUUAUGACAGUAAGGACACGUACGGAAAUAAGGAUUUGGUCCCUGCCGCAAGGGCCAUGCAAAUAAUGGACCGUGCUAUCAAAGCGUUAGAGGAGCUUCCUGAGGAGUAUAAAGAUUUUUAUGCUAGAAGGAUAGUUUGUAAAAUUAAAGACAGAUGCUUUAGUCGUGAAGACAGGAACAGUUCUAGCGGUGUUAAUGGUGAUUCUACAGAAGAUGAAUAAAUUGGUUCAAGUGUGAAAGUGAA